UUAUUCCAGUGGAUUGGAGCAUUGGAAGGGGUUAUCAUGGAAUGGAAGAGCUCCUUCACCUGUCUCCUCAUCUGGCUGGUUUCGGCAUCCGCUAGUGGCAUUCAGACCAUCAACAGCAUAUCUGACCUGAGGGCCCUGGAAUAUGGGAAAUGCUUCCCCCAGCACGGCCUGAUGCUGCUCCACUGGCUCUCCUCCAUCAUCACCAUUGAUCGCAGUGACGUGGUUCAGUUCAAACCCAAGGUCUUUGACCCCAUCACAAGUUACCCUUUCACACCUUUCGCAAACGACAACCACUUCCUACCUGACCUGACGCCUACCACAGCAUACUACAUGGCAGGUAACCUGCUUCGGGGAUCAGCGGGCCGCUUCCCUUCAUACGUCACACAGGACUUCUACAACUCCUACAACUAUCCCAUGAGGAACAGAGACCGAGUCAUCAUCAGGGUAGAUUUUUGGUACAACCCUGUCCGCAUCGACCAGGUCUACAUAGCUCAGGAGAGCAGCUAUCAACGCGACUCUACUUAUAAUAGCCCUUCUCCGCCGGCUAUGGUCUCUGCCAGCCUCCUCCGACAGAUUGCAGCCCUCCGUAGCCCGAUUGCCAUCAGGAAUUCAUCUGCAGGGCAGCUGUAUGCUGCCUACAAUGAGAGUCUGGACACUGCUGAGAGCAUGUUCAAUGAACCUGGCCUGGCAAAGUUCGUCACCAUGGCUGGGUAUGAUGUGGGCGGUAGAUUUGGCGUCUCAGCUCAGAUGUGGUCUUGUCCAAACUCCCCAGCCAUAUGUAGAACACGCUGGGUGUCCAUGCAACUGAAAACCACAGAGGAGGGAAAUGCAGUUGUCACCUGGAGCGGUCUGCCCAGCAGCAUACAAAAAAUGCACACUAGUGUGGCCCUUUAUAGAAGUGGAGAAAGCAACAGCCCGCUGUUUGAGGUCAAGGUGAAUGGCAGACUCAUGGGAUCGGCAGACACCCCCAUCAAGCUUAACCCGGGCCUGCAGAUGCGCCUCCUCCGGGAGGAGAUUGCUGACUCCCUGAUCUGGAGGGGCUCUGAGCUGGAUGACGCCAAGGGAAAGAUUCCUAUUCGAAUAGGUUUGAUGGAUGCCAGCCUUCAGCUCUUCACCAAGGAUGGAUUUGCCAGUGCACGACUCUACGUACGCAAAACAUUUGACAGCUGGAAGGACAUGCUUUACUACUCAUGGGUAGCUUUCUAUGCCGCCGCAUCCGAGAGCAACGAUGACUACCUGACUGGUCAGUGGCAGUGGGCAGUGUACUUUGAGAAGAAGCCAUCAGAUGAGUUUGAGAACUGUGACAUUUACGAGUACACGUCUGGAACACCCAUCUCAGCUGAUGUUCAGAUUCGCUUUUUUGAAAAUAAAGAUAAUGAGGGCAAAGAUGAGGAUGGAUUUCGUACAGAGUCCUGGGGAUCUUAGAGGUAGUGUGUCUCAGAACCUGUAACAUGGUACAUACAAUAUGUGCAUUAAUACACAUGCUCAGACAUAAAUACAAUGUAAGCUACAUUCAUAGUGCAUAAUAAUUAUUCUUGAUUGUACUGAUGUUUAUGGCCCAGUGGACUACAUUUUUUUAAUGUAAGUGAAUUCACUUAUAAAUACACUCUUCACUGCUA